ACCCCGUUUGCGGCGUCUUCGAACGCGCCGCGGCAGCCAUGUUGGACGUGGCCAGCACAGGGGCCGGCACCAGGGGAUUAUCGAAGCAGCUGUCACGAUGCUGGGAUCCCUGGUGUUGUGGAGAACAGCGCUGGCGCCGCGGCUCCUCCUCCGGCUUCUUAGGUCCCCAUCGCUUCGGAGCCACAGAGGUCCCUCCGGCCGGAGUGUGACCACCGGGGGAUUGGGGGAGCCGCAGUGGCUGAGGGCGGCCAUCGGGGGGCGCCCUGGAACACCGCUGGCCUUGCUCACCCAAGGAGGGGCAACCACCAGGGGGCGCCAGGGAGGACUCACCAAGACCCAGUGCCUCGCAGCUGCCGCAUGGGGAUGCCUUCCUUGCCCUGAAGAAACACUCCCGGGACAGGACAGCUGGAACCGGGUCCCCAACAGGGCAGGACUGGGCAUGUGGGCCCUUGCCACUGCGCUGGUCGUUCACUGUUACAGCAAGAGCCCGUCCAACAAGGAUGCAGCCCUGAUGGAAGCUGCACGUGCCAACAAUGUCCAAGAAGUCAGCAGGCUGUUGUCAGAAGGUGCAGAUGUCAAUGCAAGGCACAAACUUGGCUGGACAGCACUCAUGGUGGCCGCCAUUAGCCGAAACGACAGUGUGGUGCAGGUCCUUCUUGCUGCUGGUGCUGACCCAAACCUUGGGGAUGAUUUCAGCAGUGUUUACAAAACUGCCAAGGAACAGGGAAUUCAUUCUUUGGAAGAUGGGGGACAGGACGGUGCAAGCUGGCGCAUCACAAACCAGUGGACAAAUGCCCUGGAGUUCAGGAGAUGGCUAAGAGUCCCCACUGGCGGUAAUGGAACUGCUAUAAUACUUCUCCCCAUCCCUGGGACAUGCCAAGGAGUGGUCUCAUCCUAGCUCAUCUAUAUAGUAUAAGUUAACCAUCCAGC